UCCCAAAUGAAAACGAGGCAGAACCCCCAUAUAACCCAGAAAUCCACCCCGACUGACCCCACCCCUCCCAGACCCGCCCGCGCUCUCCUACAUCCCGAACCCGACGGCUGCCCCCCAGCCCGCGCCGACGGCCACGCAGAUGGUGCCGCCGAGCGCGGAGAGCUCGUUCGUUUCGAUGCGGGAUGGCGACACGACGAGGGAUAGGGAUGGCGAUACGACGAUCGGUUCAAGCGCGUAUGCCUCGUUGAGCGCGAACAUCUCGUCGAGCGCGGACGCUUCAUCGAGCAUCAACGCAGACCGAACCAUCGGCGCCUCCUCUUGGGGCACGAGCGCUGGCCCCGUUCCCGAGCUCUCCCUUACCACGGCAGAGGGCGAUGAUCCCAACGCGUCUGGUUCUACCCUCCACCCGUCGAGCGCUGACUACAACGCCGGCCCCUCCCCCGCGUUCCCCGAGAUGUCUGCGGCCACGCUGCCCGGCACGGCGGGCAUGGCGCUCGAGGUGCCGAGCGCGGGCUGGGCGGUGUACGGCGGGGAUCCGAGCCGGGGCGUCGAGUCCGGCACACGCUCCCGGUCCACUUCUCGCGCGGGGUCCAUGCUACAAGACGCUCUUGACUCCGGUACGCCCCCUGAUCCCGAUGCGAUGGAUGUCGACCCGCCGACGUAUGGAGCAGGCCCGUCGAUGCAUGGGGACAGUGCGGCGGCACAAUCAACGAAGCGCCUCAUCGGCGUUGAGCCCGACUUCCAGGGCGGGAUCAAUUUGGUAUGGGCGACGAAUGACCUCACUGCACCACCCCCGCCCCUUGUCCUCGGCACCCGGCCGGACGACUCGCUCUUCAACCCCGUACCGCCCUCGCUCCCAGGCUCGCUAUCCAUCGGGCCCGGGCCCACCCCCGACGCGCACGCAUCGCUCAUCCGGGCUGCGUUUGGGAUUUCGACGACGGGUGUAUCGCGCGCAUCGGCCUCGACUGCGGCGGGAAGGACUGUGAUCGCAAACCGCCCUGCGCGCCCACCCACCCUCACCCGCACGCCCCUCCGCCCACGCCUCGCCCCGCGCUGCGCCCUGACGCGCCGCCUCUUCCACGCGCUCAGCCUCGCGCUUCCCGCUGACCUUGCCUGGCGCAUCUACGCGCAGUGGGCGGGGAAGAUCUUUGGUGGCGCGCGCGGCGGUUUCCCGGCAGUGUCGGACGCAGAGGAUCCUGCGCCCGAUUCCUCCGGCCUCCCGCGCACCGAGUCCGAGUUCCCCGCGCUCUGCGCCGUCUUCUGCGCCACGCUCGGGAUCCCGCCGCCCUCGAAGGAGCGCGCGGACGUGCCCGCGAGGGUGGACGCUGGCCUCCCCCGCCGCGCAUCUGCGUUCCACGCGCUCGCCCUCUCGCCCUCCGCGUCGCGAUUCCGAGAAGACCCUGCCCUGCGCGGCCUCAAGCGGCCGGGGAAGGUGAACGCGAUGCCCUCGGUAGGGCCGGUGGGAGACGCGCCGCGGGGGCCGUUGCAGGAGGUGUCGAUGGCGGAGCCAGAGGAGGUCGGGCCGGCCGUGCUGGCCUCGGCGAUGUGGGCGCUGCAUAUGCUGUUCGAGGGUGAGUGAUGUCUUUCUUUUCUGUGUAAUCUAUCGUGAAAAUGCGUACCCCUAUAUCGUGAC